AUGAAUAGCUCGAUAUUAAAACUUGCGCAGAUUUGCUCUACGGGACAAAUAAAUCAACUGCCAACAGUAUUAGCAUCACAACUUCACACAUCAACUCCACUAUGUCGAGUUGUUUCUGGCAAAUACAGGAUCACUAAAAAGAAGGACCGUCCACUGACCUAUGAAAUGGCUAACCCUCCUCAUUUUAUAGCUCACCGCAAGUCCUGGAACUCGUGGAACACGUCAAGUUUGAAAGAUGGGCUACGUCGAUCAGAGACGGCUGUUGAAGAUGAGUUCAUUAGAAGGUUUAUGAAUGGCACAUGGCAUGGACUUGUCUGCAGUGAAGUAAUAAUAAAAAGGCAGUUCAAUCAUAUACGAGUUGCUGCUAUAAUCAGAAGGGCAGUGUCUCCUAUAAAAAUGUAUUUCCUUCUUGGAUACAGUGAAGAACUCCUAUCCAAUUGGAUCCAAUGUCCUGUAACCUUAGAACUACAAACUGUGGAUAGUUUCAAAGAUGUUGUGUUUAAAUAUAUUUAA